AUGGGUCGGGAGGAGAAGGAGAACACGCCCAUCGGCUCCAAGACCUCCAAGGAGCAGCGCCCCAUGGGCAUCGGCGUGACCAGCUCCGUGCCCGCGAUGGCCUUGCGCGAGAGCGAGCACGAAGGCCGUCCCACCUUGGAGAUGACGUUGAGGUACAUCAGCAUUGGCAAGUGGCGGAACCUCUUGAACGCACUGGUUUGCUUCUCCUUGACCCUCUUCCUGUACCUGCUUUGCGACAUUUCCCUGGCCAACUGCACCAACGCCUUGGCGAUCGAUGCGUCAGUGGAGACUGGGAGGUACUUCGGUGGCUACCUGUUCUGGCUCUUCGCGGGCACCAGCAUGGUGUACAUCGGGUGGUACUUCGGAGGAGGCUUCACGUUGCGCAUCUCCUCGCACAUCCACGCCCUGGUGGUCCGCCGCCUGCUGCACGCCCCCAUCGAUCGGUUUUUUGACAAGCACCCGGUGGGGCGCAUCAUGAACCGGAUCACCAUGGAUAUGACCACCAUCGACCUGCACCUGUUCCUCAAGAUCUCGGGCAGUAUCAUGAUCGCCUUCCAGACAAUGGUCCCGUUGGCCUACAUCCACGCCAUUAUGCCCUUGUCGAUGACGGCCUUGUCCUUGCCCUUCUACUACGUGGUCGCGUCUCUCUACGGUAGAUAUCAGAACACCACGGUGCCGCUGCGAUACUGCUUCAAGACCUCCAGCAGCCGGACCCAGAGCUACCUCUCAGAUGUGAUGACCAGCACGGUGGUGGUCCGCGGCUUCGGGGAGCAGCAGCGCCUCUCCGCGGAGUACGCGGCAGCAGUGGAUGAUUCCUUGAAGGCCGACCUCACAGACGACCGCCUCAUGAAGCGCUGGCUGUGCAACAGGGUGAACUACCUGUGGACCUUCUACAACUCGGUCACUUACAUCAUCGGGCUCUACAACUGCAGCCGCCUGGGCCCGGGGACGCUGGGCAUCGCGCUGACGAAUCUUCUACUGUUGGAGGGCAUGAUCGAGCCGAGCCUGGACAUGAUGGCGGGGGCUCUGUUCGAGCUCAUUGCGCUGGCACGAGUCCAUGAGUACACGGAGGUGCCCCAAGAGCGGGCCAUGCGCACCCUCGAGGACACCGCGCUGCGGAGCUACUCGGUGCGUUUCAUGCGGAAGGCUGCUACCCCACUGACCAAGCGCGAGAAGGGGGACGAGGUCGAGGUCCUUGCGAACGGGCGAGUGGUGCUGCGCUCCACCAAAGACCUGCGGGGCCUAAUGCUGGCGGAGACCGGUGUCGAGGGGUUCCAGGAGCUGUGCCCGAGCUGCGCGGAGCUGCACGCGGUGCCGACGCUGCACCACAUCGUGGCGGCCAAUGACGCCACGGGCUGCGCGAAGCUGAUCGCUGAUGAGAUCUGCAAGAGCGCCAAGAGCUUCAUGACGGCGGCGGCCUUCGCAUCUCCACCCAUGGUGAACUUGGAGUUCCAGUCGGACUGGCUCAGCUCCGGGGCCCGCCUCGACGUCCAGGAGCUCCGCGCCGGCUACGCGGAGGUGCCCCAGGACGUGCUGAAAGGCGUGACCUUCAGCGUGGAGCCGCGGAUGAAGGUCGCGGUGGUGGGCACUACGGGCUGCGGCAAGUCCAGCAUGCUGUUGGCGCUGCUCCGGAUCAUCGAGCCCCGGGGCGGGCGCAUCGUCAUCAACGGCAUUGACACCCGUGAUAUUGGCCUGGCGACUCUGCGCACCGCCUUGGGCCUCGUGCCCCAGGAUCCCAUGCUCUUCACCGGCUCGCUGCGCCAUAAUUUGGACCCCUUCAGGCUCUACACCGACGGCCGCAUCAAGAAAGCCGUGGAGUACGCGCACUUGGCGCCCUUUGUGAGCUCAUUGCCCUUAGGCCUCGACCACCAGGUCACGGACGAAGGUGGCAAUCUGAGCUUCGGCCAGCGGCAGUUGCUGUGCCUGGCGCGCAUGGUGCUGAGGCAGCCUGCGCUGCUGCUGCUGGAUGAGGCUACUUCGGCCAUCGACCCGGCCACUCAGGAGUCAGUGCAGGAUACCAUCAACCACGCCUUCCCAACCUCCACAAUGCUGGCGGUGGCCCAUCGUUUGGAGACGAUCAUGGAGUUCGACCAGGUGGUCGUGCUGGACGCCGGCAAGGUGGCAGAAGAGGGCUCGGUGAAGGAGGUGGCCGCAAAGCCCGGCGGCAUCUUCAGACGCGCGGGGAGCGGGUCGCGUUCCUUCGCGCGGCAGACGACGCAGGAGGUACAGGACUACUUCCACGCCAGGAUUAGGCGCAGCCUGGACGACUUGGCGGCGGUCACCGGGGAGGCCGAGGACGUGGAGCGCGACGCGGACUUCUCCAACGGAAUCGCGCACCUCACCUUCAAGGACGUUGGAUUCUCCCUGCCGCGGAGCUCCUACCUGCGACACCAGGAGUCCGGCUCUUCCAAGGGCGAGAAGGGCCUGGAAGGCAGCUCCUCGAGCGACGGCCGGAAGACGAUCCUCGCGCCCAUCUCCGGGCACUACGAGCCGGGGAAGCUGGUGGCGCUUAUGGGGCCCUCAGGCCAGCGCCCGAGGUGGUGCGAUAUCAUCUGA